UCUCGUGCUACCCUCGUUAGCAAGGAGACAUGAAAUACUGGUGCAGAAAUAUUUUAGCUGAUUUUAUUUUGGUCCUGAUAGGCUGAAAAUAAACCUAAAUCUCUUUUUGAAAGAUUUGACAAGAAGUGGUAUUUGUGCGCUUACGUUUAAAAGUUUUUGCAAUAUGCAAAUAUCUAUAAAUAACCUUAAAGUAUGUGUACUUUUUUCUGUUCGUCAAUUCCUGGAUUUCAGAACCUUCAAAGUAAUACAAAGAAAACAAGGCUACAGCACAUAUACUGUCGUUAGACACCGAUGGAUGAAAAAUGUUUCAUUUUUCAAUAUUUACUGCUCGAAAGACUUCAGUUCUCAGUCAGAAAAGGUCAAUAUCGACAUGUCGAAAUAUCCCGUGGAAAACGUCAGAAAUUUCAGCAUUAUUGCCCAUAUCGAUCACGGAAAAAGCACCCUUGCAGACAGACUACUUGAAUUAACAGGAGCGAUUUCCAAAACCGAAUGCAAUAAGCAAGUCCUGGAUAAACUACAGGUGGAGCGCGAGAGAGGAAUCACUGUGAAAGCACAGACUGCCUCCUUGUUUUAUAGACAUGAAGGACAGACUUAUUUACUCAAUCUUAUAGAUACACCGGGCCAUGUUGACUUUAGCUAUGAGGUUUCAAGGUCAAUUUCUGCUUGUCAGGGCGUGCUUCUAGUAGUUGAUGCUAAUCAGGGAAUUCAGGCACAGACAAUUGCAAACUUCUUUCUGGCUUUUGAGGCACAACUAACAAUUAUUCCAGUCAUAAACAAGAUUGAUUUGAAAAAUGCAGACCCUGAAAGGGUUGAAAAACAGAUUGAAAAGGUAUUUGAUAUUCCAAAAGAAGAAUGUAUAAAGAUAUCUGCUAAAAUGGGAACUAAUGUUGAUAAAGUUCUCCAGGAAGUAGUCAGGAGAAUCCCACCGCCAAAUGUUAAUGUAGAGGACCCAUUUAAAGCCCUGGUAUUUGAUUCUACUUUUGACCAUUAUAGAGGAGUCAUUGCCAAUAUUGCCCUGUUUGGAGGACAGGUUCAUAAAGGAGACAGAAUAGUCUCAGCACACUUGGGAAAAACAUAUGACGUCAAUGAAAUUGGAAUACUCAGGCCUGAAGAACAUCCAACAGAGAGCUUGUAUGCAGGACAGGUGGGGUAUAUCAUAGCUGGGAUGAAAGAAGUUAAGGAGGCGCAGAUUGGAGACACACUUUUCUUACAGAAACAUCCAGUUGAGCCCAUGCCGGGAUUCAGAUCUGCUAAGCCAAUGGUUUUUGCUGGGAUGUAUCCAGUAGACCAAUCGGAAUACAGCAGUCUAAAGAGUGCAGUGGAGAAACUGACAUUGAAUGACUCUAGUGUGACUGUGAACAGGGACAGCAGUCCAGCCUUAGGGGCUGGCUGGAGGCUUGGAUUUUUGGGUCUUCUCCACUUGGAUGUCUUUAACCAGCGGCUAGAGCAAGAGUACGAUGCCUCUGUAAUUGUAACAGCCCCAACUGUGCCUUACAAGGCUCUUCUUUCGUCAACAAAAUCUAUAAAGGAGUAUGGUUCAGAGGAUAUUACCAUUGUCAAUCCAUCUCACUUCCCUGAUAGGUCCCAAGUUUUAAAUUAUUUUGAACCUGUGGUUAUUGGUACCAUAAUUACACCAGAUGACUACAUUGGCAAGAUUAUAACUUUGUGUCUGAAUCGUAGAGCUGUACAAAAGAAAUUGGUUUACAUUGAUGACCACCGUGUUAUGAUGAAAUACCUCUUUCCUCUGAAUGAAAUUGUGGUUGACUUCUAUGACCAAUUAAAAUCUUUGUCAUCUGGAUAUGCCAGCUUUGACUAUGAGGAUGCAGGAUACCAACCAGCUGACCUAAUAAAGAUGGACAUUUUGCUAAAUGGGAAGCCUGUGGAGGAGCUUGCAACUAUUGCGCAUAAGCAAAAAGCAUAUACUGUGGGCAAGACAAUGUGUGAACGACUGAAGAACUCCAUACCUAGACAGCUUUUCGAAAUCGCUAUUCAGGCAGCAAUUGGCAACAAAGUUAUUGCCAGAGAGACGAUUAAAGCUUAUAGGAAGAAUGUGCUUGCAAAAUGUUAUGGAGGUGAUAUAACACGCAAAAUGAAACUGCUGAAAAAGCAAGCAGAAGGCAAAAAGAAGAUGAGAAAAAUUGGUAAUGUGGAAGUUCCAAAGGAUGCAUUCAUUAAUGUUUUGAAGAGAAAUGACAAAUAAAUAUACUGGAUAUUGUUUAAUUUCCUAGGAAAAAAUUAAUUGUAUCAAUGAGAAAUAUAGAAAAUGUACAUUAAAUGCAAAUUUGUGUCAAAUUAUACUGUAUGUACAAUUGAAGUGUUUUUAAGAACAAGAACAAUCUCAAUAACAGUUAAUUUUAUAAUAUUUAAGUUUCAUAUUUUACACUUACAGUACAUGUGACAGACUGUAAAUCCUGUUUCUUCAAUAUAUAUUGCAGACAUAAACUAUCGAGACAAAAAUUAUGCCUCCUUGUCUAUGACUAUGAAAAACAUCACAUUUAUUCACAAAAAACUUUUGAUUGGUCAUUCUGAUUUCUGUUUUUGAUCUUCAAAUAUAAUUUUUGGUUGCUGUGCAAUCUCGGCUGAGCGCAUUUAGGAAGCUGUUGUCUCUGAUUUCCCUGUAGUCCAGAUAUUUCCCUGCAGUCCAGAUACCCUUUCCCAAUAUUCUUUUGCUUUAUGAAACAUCCAUCAACAUGCUGCUUCUAUAAACUUAAAAAUAACUUAGUUUUUUUUUCUGUAAAAACUUUAUUAUAUAUUUCUACAAAACCAGAUCCAACUAUCUAAAGCUAGGUCAUGAAAUUACAGGAAUGUUUUAUCCUGUGCAUCUCUUAUAUGAAAAUGAACACAAAUCUGCUGACAUUUCAUAUUAAUUACAUGUGUUGUGUCUUGAUGAAUAGGUAACAUGAAGUAUUUCGACAUCCAUCUUGUAUGGGGAAUGUGUUGGUGAAA